UUUUUGUGUCGCUGAAGGAGACGUUGAUGAUAACAGCGCAGCUAACCAGACAUUCUGGCUAUUAGAACGGCGAAAAGAAAGGCUCUUGUCACUCUGGGGACUCUUGGAACUUCUGUGUGUGUGUGUGUGUGUGAGUGCGUGAAAGAGAGGAAAAAGUGAGUGUGUGUUGCUGCCUAUCUCAGCACCUCCUUGGAGGAUGACCAUGGAAGAGAUGAGGAUUGAAACCGAGACAAACUCCAUGGUCUCCAUGACGCUAUACGCUGUCAUGUACCCAGUUUUUAAUGAGCUGGAGAGGAUCAACUUGUCAGCUGCCCAGACUCUAAGAGCAGCCUUUAUCAAGGCGGAGAGGGAGAACCCAGGCCUAACUCAGGACAUCAUAAUGAAAAUUCUGGAGAAGAAAAAUGUUCAGAUAAACUACACAGAGUCUCUGCUGCGCAUGGCUGCAGAUGACGUGGAAGAGUUCUUACUGGACAGGCCAGAGCAGGAGUUCCAGGACCUAAAUGAGAAAUCCAGAGCUCUGAAACACAUCCUCAGUAAGAUACCUGACGAGAUCAACGACAGGGUACGCUUCCUACAGACAAUUAAAGACAUCGCCAGUGCUAUAAAGGAGCUCCUGGAUACAGUCAAUAACGUCUUUAAGAAAUACCACUACCAGAACCGCAGGGCUCUUGAGCACCAGAAGAAGGAGUUUGUCAAAUAUUCCAAAAGCUUCAGCGACACUCUCAAAACAUACUUCAAAGAUGGAAAGGCGAUCAACGUGUUCAUCAGUGCGAACAGACUGAUCCACCAAACCAACCUCAUUCUGCAGACCUUCAAGACCGUCAUAUAGGGUUGCCUUGGAGAGGCCAUCCAGUCUUCCAACGAAGCAACAUUAAAAAUGGCAUACGAUCGGAGAGCACCUUUUACCAGAUUUAAAUGUAAAAUGUAUUUAUCUGUGGCUUGAUUUUAAUCGGACAGUUUUAAUUUAUACCCUUGAAGUGCGUUCAACAAGGCUGAUGUUAGCAGUGAAAUACGUCAGCUUUUGAACUGUUAGCUAACGUGAGUGAAUGUUUAAUGGCCAAAAUCUAGCUGAAGAACUUCAGCAUAUGUGAUAGCUUUUUUAGUUAUCCCUAGCUACUGUUUAAUUGUUUGAAUCAGCAUUUAACGUUUAGGGACAGUCUUGUUGAUCGGGCUGUGACGAUACCAGUACGACAAUAUUUUUUCCAUGGCAAAAAUGAAAACAUGAGGCAGGCUCAACUCUUUGGUCCUAUGAAUACUUGCUGUAUGUAAAAUAUUCUGUGCUAUAUCUUAGAAAAUAAAUAAAUGUGACAACAUAAUGA